AGAGGCCCUAUAAAAGGUUGCUUUCGUUGGGCUUAGCUUGUAGUUCGACAUUCAACUUAGAAUCGUCCUAAAGCUGAAGUUUAGCCACAAAAUGAAUCCCACACUUUAUCUUAGCUGCCUGGUGGUCCUGUUCGAGACCCUCGUGUGGACAGCCCGUGCCGAAGGGGAUUUUGACUCUCAAAGGGCGCGUGUGAUUGAAAUCUAUGGAAAUCCGGCUACAGAUCAAGCCACCAGGGAGAGGAAUGUCGAGCUCCUCGCAAACUUUUUCGACAAGUACACCGAUCAAAUCUUGCUUCCACCUGAACUGCGAAACCGUGUUAAUGAUGCUGUGACCAAAUAUAAGGAGGAAAAAGCCAAGCAAUCUUUGGUGGAAGGUACUCCAGCUCAAGGUGGUGUGCUUUUAACACUUCUAGCAGGAUUACUUAUACAAGUCGGGAUCGAAGCUGCCUAUCAAGGAAUCAAAAAGGCAGUCUCUUAAUUGCCUUUCAGCAAACAUAAUAAUUUUGUUAAUGACUGUGGUCGUAAAUAAUAAUAAUAAUAAAAUUAUGAACAUCCUUUAAA